UCCCACAUUUCUUUCCGAACCAGCUCUCCCCUGUUAUUAUGGAAUAACAGACUACCCCCUUUACACAGGGGAGGGUUACCUAGGUCCCUUGAAACCCUUUCCCAAAAGCCUAGGUAAGAAAACCCUGCACUGGAUAUAUCAGGCUGUUUUGUCUGGAGAGGUUGAUUCUUUAAGGAUGGUGGCAUUGAGAUGUCCCUGGAGCUGUGGUUUCCUGGAAGUGUGAGCCAGAAGGGAGUGCUAGACCAGACAACCAUACUGCUUGUUGGGUGAAAGAUGUAACUCUCUCUCCAUGUGAUAAUCUCCUGGGUCCUUUUUUUCUUUCCUCUGGAUCUGUGAGACUUUGGUCCCAGCUCUUAAACUGGGGGUGCUGCAGAGACAUAGCAAACCCACAGCCUGGAGGGUUUUGCUCUUCCUCUUAAGGUCAAAUUCAUGCCAAAUUUGGGGUCAGGAAGCAUGUUGGUCAACUGGCACCAACUGCAGGGGUUUUACACUUCCUUAUUUCCCUCCUCCUUCAUUUACCAUGGUAACAGUGUUGUGCAUCCAUUCCUAUCCCACACUAAUGAAAGCUAGCUUGGCUUGGGUUUUGUGGGCAAGGAGAUAAGAACCAUUGUAUUGUCCACACUCUGGGGCCUAACUAAGCAGAUAUUGUACCUGCUGAGGUGUACCUGCCUGUUGCCUGGGAGACAACCCCACCCAUUGUUUGCAAGUGAAGGAAACCUGAAAGUUUGGUUUCCAACAAAAGGAGAUCCUUCCACUCAAGUGACUCUCUGACAUCAGAGGCCCUGCCCCAGCCCUUUCUCAAAGGGCAAGAGCACUCAGAGGAGUCAAGGAGGACAGAGAGACAGGUCACCUCUCUCUUCUCCAGAGCAGGAUCCUCUCCAUCUGCACUCCAGGAACCCACCUCAAAGCUCUGGUCAGCACAACUUGGAUUCACCAGUCAGAGAGUUUUACUGUAUUGAAGACCCUCCCCAGUGCCCAGCCACCUUUGGCUCCCAGGAUGAAGGCUCCUGUCAUCCUCCUCUUCCUCUCCGCUCUUCUGGCUGCAGGGACCUGCCUGGAAUGUGAGGUUUGCAGUGGUUUAGGCAACACCUGCAAUGGUAAAAUGACGACCUGCAGCUCUGGAGAAGACAGCUGCUUCCUUGCUUUGAUAGAAAGCUCAGAAAGCUUUAACUCAGUGAAGUACAUCCAGACUGUGAAGGGCUGCGUGACUUCCCGUGUCUGUGGACGGAGUCCAGCCAUCUUUAAUUCUGCACAGAAACAAAGGAUAGCCCUCACUUGCUGCACUGGGAAUUCCUGCAAGACCGCUUCUGCCCAGUUGUCUGCAGAGAACAUCAUUCCCAAUGGGCUGUACUGCCCCUACUGUACUGUACUGAGGAAUACAUAUAGUUGCAAUGCCACAGUGUUGGCUUGCACUGGAGAGGAGAAUCAAUGCCUGAAUAUCACUGGGUCACACGGUUCUGGUCCUGGAAGUAUGGCAGCCUCUUUCACAAGCUGUGCAACUCCAUCAGCCUGUGCCCUUGUAGAUGCCUUUGGAGAUGGCAGCCCAAGAGUCUUUGAAGUAUUUCAAUUCAACAUCACCCAGCACACGUGUGCUCGAGCCCUCGGAUUGGCCAGUUCAUCCCCGGGACACUCCAGGCUUUUGCUCCCAGCCUUCAGUGGGCUGAUCCUAGCAAUGUUCCUUGCCUAAGCCUCAGCCUGUGGGAUAGCAAUGCAGUCCUAAGUCCCUACUCUGCAACUGUCCUGCCCUGGCCUGGUGCCCUUGGGCUCUACAUGGGUUUGCUUCUCUGAUGUUUCAUUCCAGGAAAUAAAAGGAAUGCGGAAAGAGA